UGCCACCCCCUCAUCCCAAAUUGUUACUGCAAAAGUCAAAAUCUCACAGAUCAAAUAUCAUCAAGGUGAAAGCGUGGUAUCUGAAGAAACAGCAACAACCAAGAUCUGCAUAUCUACUCUGCCUGAGGAGCCCUACCUAUGAAGUAAAACACCGCCGGGCUCUGUUUCCUCUCUCCGCUUCGUAUUUUGAAAUAAUUGUAUACAUUUUAGGUAAGUUUUGUUAACUGGAACGGAGGAGGCGGUUGUGGAUCGACGCAGACGGAAUAAGAUCAGAGUGUGAUAGAGAAUGACAAGUGCAACAUCAGUAGUGAGGAGGCGGAUUCUAGAUGAGCUGAUAGCGAUGCAAGACAUACCCCCCUUAGAUUUCAAGUGCGCCCCGCUCCCGUGGGACCCAUAUGAAUGGCAAUUUGGAAUCAGAGGCGCUAGGGGAACUGAAUUCGAGGAUGGGAUAUAUCAUGGGCGGGUCAUGUUUCCGGAGGAAUACCCAUGUCAGGCUCCUUCAUUCAUGUUUUUGACAGAAAAUGGUCGCUUCAAAACUCGAACCAAGAUCAGAUCGAAGUGGCAGUCAUCAUGGAGGGCGCGAGAUGCUUUACUUGCACUUAUUGAUGAAAUGGGCACCUACCCAGAUGGUGAAUCGGGUUCUAUAAAAUGCAGUAAGGAAAAAAGGCGUGCCCUGGCCAUGAAAUCUCGUGAAGCAGCCCCAAAAUAUGGCACUUCUGAACGUCAGAAGUUAAUGGAUGAGAUCCAUCAAUAUUUGCUAGGGGAGGAAACCUUUCCUGUUCCUCAACUCCAACAGACGAGAAACACUUCCCUGGCACGGAGAUGUCAGGAAGAGGUGGUUGUGGAUCGAGUCGGAUCAACGCAGACGGAAUCGGAUCGGAGUGUGAUAGCGGAGGAAAAGUGCAACCUGGAGAAUUCAGGGGAGAAGCGGAUUCUAGAGGAGUAUAAUGAGAUUGAAUCCAAUCCCACCUAUGAUUUCGAGUGCCGCAUAUUCAGUUGGAACUCAUAUGAAUGGCAAUUUGCAAUCAGAGGGCCUAGAGGAACUGAAUUCGAGGGUGGGAUUUAUCAUGGGGUGAUCCAGUUUUCGGAGGGAUACCCAUCAAAGCCUCCUUCAUUCAUGUUUUUGACGGAAAAUGGUCGCUUCAAAAUCCAAACCAACAUCAGCUUAAGGAUAUUAUCAAACUGGCAGUCAUCAAGCAGCGUGCGAAAUGCUUUACUUGCACUUAUUGAGGAAAUGCCCACCUACCCAGAUGGUGAAUUGUGUUCAGUAAAAUACAGUAGGGAAGAAAGGCAUGAUCUGGCCAUCAAAUCUCGUGAAGCAUCCCCAAAAUAUGGCACUUCUGAACGUCAGAAGGUAAUUGAUGAGAUUCAUGAAGAUUUGCUAAGCAAGGCACCGCCUGUACAUGUUCGUGUUCCUCAACUGAGCCCUGUGCCCUCAAAGGCCUCCAACGGCACAGGUGGCGGCUCUGUUUUUGGGAAUAUAUUUUAUGUUAUCAAUUCCAGCCGGGUAGGAGUUUUCGAUUCUAUGAAUGAGGCCCCCAACCCCAUGAUAACAAAACUUCUUUGGGGUUUCUGGUUUUUGGUCUAUGCUUCUAGUUUUGUUAUGUUUUUCGUCAAUAUUUAUUGUUUCGUUGGUAAUACCAAGAGGGAUCAACUGAGGUGAUCAAGUCUGUAGCGUUAGCGUAGGCCUCUUUUGUUUUUUUUUUUGGUAGCUUCUCCUAAUUUAGGAAAUUAGUAGUGAUGUCAUUAAUUGAAAAUGAGCAUUCAAAUUUACCACCGUGAUUUCAUAAACCUUGUGCUCCUAAGAUGAGAGCAAUUAAUGUUCUUUACUCUUCUUGCCUA